GUGUCAAAUUUUGCACAAAUCAAAGUGACGUGUUUUUGUUCACUGUGACGGUUCAAAAUUCACCCAAAACGGUUUUUUUUAAAUAAAAUGAACAUCUUGCAGUGCUCUUUGUGCAAAUUUGGUUACAAAAUACGCAAAUUUUGGUUCGAAGUUGAGUAGCCAAUCAGAUAAGCUUGAAAAAAAUGGGAAAAUCAGAAGUCGUACCAAUGCCAAUCCAUAAACAAGACAGUUUGUUUGCGGGUUGCAAAACGGCCGCUUUUUCGCUCCUCGAUCCAAUGGAAGAAAAUGAAGAGAAUCUAGAGAUCCCUGCCGAUAUGCAACUGUUUGAAAAUCAAGUUGCAGGUCAUAUGAUCAAGGGAAAACAAUACGGUAUGAUUAAACACAACGACACUGUACUUAAACCCAUCACCAAACCGAAAUGUGGUCAACGCGAGAUCGAGUUUUACGAAGAAGUUAAUCAAGCCACUGAUAAAACAAGAACAGAAUUGAAGGAUUUCAUCCCCAAGUACUUCGGAACCGUUAAAGUGCCCAUCGAGGGUAAAAAUAUCGAGUGCAUAGUUUUGGAAGAUCUGACGAAACAUUACAAAGAGCCCUGCGUCAUGGAUAUUAAAAUCGGGAGAAGAACCUGGGACCCCACUGCCACCUACGAGAAAAUCGUAAAUGAAGAGGCUAAAUAUCAAGACUCGAAACGCGAUCUCGCCUUCUGCAUCCCAGGUUUUCAAGUCUAUCAAAUUUACAACAACCAAUUGAUCAAGUUUGAUAAGAAUUACGGAAAAACUUUGAAUAAGGAGACCGUUCCGCAAGCUUUGAAGACUUUCCUCAACGCCGAAACUUCUCCGCCUUGUCGCAGUCUCAUCGUUCAAUUUUUGGCAAGUUUAUGGCGAAUUCAAAUGUGGGCCCGCAAACAGCGCACUUACCACUUCUACUCUUCAUCUCUCCUCCUCGUUUACGACGCCCGGAGACUCCGCGAAUUGCUCAAGACAGACACUAAACCAGUUUUGAAACUACAACGAUCUACAAGCCUGUACCGGCCUCUAAGUCUCGCUGUUCUCUACAACGAGAAGAUUUCAACGGGAUUUAGCGGUCAGUUGACCAAAGAAGGCCCCAUUUUGCGCACUCCCACAUCUCCAACAAAACUGAAACAAUUCGAUGACUACGUAGCCAAAAACAAGAGCAACAAUGUGUGGCAAAAGUCGAUCAGGAGUUUAAAACGGACACAUUCGUUCCAAAAUGACUACGACAAAGACAUGCAGAAUAAAAGACAAGAUUAUACGUUUAUUUUGGACGAGUUGUGCACCGAACAGAAGUCCGAGUUGUGGGCGACGGUGAAAAUGAUUGAUUUUGCUCAUGCUUUUCCGGCCGAAAGACACCAAAUUGAUAAGAAUUAUCUGGAGGGAAUCGAGAAUUUGAUAAGACUGUUCGAGGAGCUUUUGGUCGAGAGCGAAUAGGAUUACAUCACAUUUGCGUUUUUUUUUCGAUUGGAGAUGCUAUGAUACUUAAAUUUUCUAUUAAAUUAAUAAACUUUGUUAUUAAAUGG